CUGCAGAGGACGCAUAGGUAAUCCUGUUGCUAGCAAAAGCCAGAGAAGCCCUUCGUUUACAUUAACUUAAUUUGGAAUAAUCGAUUGAGGCAACAGCUAUGGGUCCGCCAUCAGAUUAGAUUACACAUUGUUCGAUCAACUGUGCCCUACAAAGAAGACCCAAUGUAUCACAAGGAAAAGAGUAUCCAGAUAAAAAACAGCGCAUCAGCGUUGUACAACAACCUCAGCGUGCUGCGCAUAGCACCGAGGCGCCUCACCCACUUCACCGUGGUCCAUGCUAACAUGGUCAACAUGGUCAGCGCGUCCUGGGACGGCCUAAACUACACCCACCGUCAGCUGCAGUCCAAGGAGCCAAAUGUUGCUACAAGCACUUCGCUUAUCAUGCAGGCUGCGUUUUGUGUGCUCCCCUCUCGUGAUCUCCUUGUGGUGACGUCUCAAAAGGGCAUCCAGAUGUAUGAAUCUGAUGGCUCCAUCAUGGUGUACUGGCAUGCACUGGAUACUCCAGAAACACCUACAGCACAGGCAGUGUUUGCCCGAGGGAUAGCAGCAGUGUACGAGAAUUAUAUAUGUGUGGGAGUUUCAUCUGGUGCAAUUUUAGUAUUUGAUGUGCCCAGUAAAGGAAGUAAUAUUACCUUGUCUGAAGUCCUGGAGGAGCACAAAGAAUCCAUCACUGACAUGGCCUCAGAGUGCUCUGGCAGCCAGGAGUGCAUAGCUAAUCUUGUUACUGCAGAUGAUGGGGGAAAUCUAUGUGUGUGGAAGUCUGGGGAGGAGUUUCAGCUGCUCAACAAAAUCCCUGGUUUUGAUAUGAGCUGCUCAUCUGUCAAGUUAUGGAAGGGCACAGCGGUGGCAGGUUACGGCACAGGCCAGAUUCGACUCUACGAGGCAGUUACGGGAAUUUUGCAUGCUGAGAUCAACGCUCAUGCUCGCUGGAUAUACUCAGUAGACAUUGCUCCUUUUUCUGGAUUGCUUUUAUCUGCUGCUGAGGACUCUCUUGUCAGAGUAUGGCACAUGACUAUCACCCCAGAGACCAACAGUGUGGAGGUUGUGCAUUUGCAUAACGAGUGUGUGACAGAUACACAAAUCUGUGGCGCCAGGUUCUGUGAUGGCGAUGGCUAUGCCUUUGCAGUGACAGGCUAUGAUCUGAGUGAGAUUAUCCGCUACAUCCAGUCAUAGGACUCUAACGUCAUUAUGGCUAAGUGUAUUCAUUGGUUUGUUUGGUAUAUGGAACAGUUUUUUGGAGGUAUUUUGGUAUUUGUUUGUAAAUCUGCAGGCCUGUAUCCACAAAAAGCUGGUAAACUGUGUAAAAUGUAUUUUUUAAAAUCAUUUCAGUAAGUAGUAGUUAUUUGAAAAAUAGCACAAAGACACAAUGUCAACUGUUGAAACUUUAAAAAAUUAUAUAUAUUUUUUAGAAGCAUAUAUGCUGAUUUUAAAUCUGGUGUAAGCAGAACAUUUCAGAAAUGUUGUAACAGGGCAAAUAAACGAUUGCAAAAGCUGUGUAAAGACGAAAGUCAUAUUUAAAAUAAAUUCCAUACCCGGGA